UGGAAGCCGUCAUCGAUCGAGUGUAAAAUAUCUUUCGUCAAGCGCGUCUCGAAGUAUCCUAGCUAGCGCACCGCCACCAUGGGACGUCGAAAAUCGAAAAGAAAGCCCCCGCCGAAGCGGAAGAACAUCGAACCGCUGGACCAACAGUUCAACUGCCCCUUCUGCAAUCACGAAAAGUCCUGCGAAGUCAAGAUGGACAAGAGUCGAAAUUCGGCGCGGAUUACCUGCCGGGUGUGCAUGGAGGACUACCAGACGACAAUCAACUUCCUAUCGGAACCGGUGGACGUCUACAACGAUUGGGUGGACGCAUGCGAAACCGCCAACUAAAUCUCUGCAUUUGGGGGGAGAAGGGUGCGUGUGGACGCAGAUCAGGCAUAAUUUUCGAUUAGAAUGUAAAAUGUCGAUUAUUUAUAUCACUUAACCUCUAGUAGAACUGAACACACUUAGGUUUAACGAACGCAUUCUGAAUGAGAAGAUAAUUUUCAUUAAUUUUACUUUGUAAGAUUAUUUCAAGGAAUAUUUUGAAAUAAAACCAACAGGUAC